GGGAAGAAGAGAGAGAGAGAGAGAGAGAGAGAGAGAGAGAGAGAGAGAGAGGUUAGGUUAAGGAUGGCGGAUGAUGCAGAGACAAACUCAUUCUUUAGGAAGCACUGGGAAGGAUACAAGGAGUUUUGGGGUGAAAGAUUUAGUUUUCUUGAAAACUAUUCGAGAUUUAUAAAGCGUGAUAAGCCUCUUCCUUCUUGGUCCUCUUCUGAUGUUGAGCAAUUUAUUGCUUCAGAUCCUGUUCAUGGCCCCACUCUGAAAACUGUAAGAGAGGCAGCAAAAUUUGCUUUUACAGGAAGUGUUAUUGGAGCAGUAUCAACUGCUGGUGCUGCCUGGAAAUAUUCAAGGAGUUUACAUGGUGCUGGGUUGUCCUUCCUUGCUGGAGGUGUUUUUGGUCUUACAUUUGGACAUGAAGUUGCAAAUCACUGGAUGCAGCUCUACAGGUUGGACACCAUGGCUGCACAAGUUAAGUUCAUGGAGUGGUGGGAGAAGAAAUGUGAAGGGCAGUCUUAAGUUCGCAAGCUGUUUUAGUGCAAGUAUUAGUGACACCUGUUUUACCAAUUUCCCAGUAAUAAUCAGUCUCUCCCGUGGUAAAAAUUUCUAUGUUAUGCUAGCAUCCUCAAAAGGUUUUGGUGGAUCCAAUAGUAUUUUCUUUCUUGGGAUGCAAACUGAUGAGAAAGCUGCAGUGGUUAUAUACUUUUGAUCAUAAUGGUUUUCUUUUGGGAGUAGUAUCCUAGUUUCA